AUGAAUCGCGAUAGCAAAUCCGAUUUCAAGCUGCAGUUCCAGAUCGCCUUGUCUGAAUUUGAUGAUAUACGACGGGACGAGACGCGAACCUCAGCAUGUCGGCAAGAGUUUGUGCUUGUGGACAAUGUCACCAAAAGGCUAAAGAGUCGUUCUGCCACCUGUUCCGCCCAGUACGACAACAAUCUCGACAGGUUACAGCGCACCGCAUACCUCCAGUAUGAGCUUGAGCCACCUCAAAUGCGAGCUCAGCAUUACGAGAAAGACGAGUAUCUCGCCAUAUUCUACACCUUACUCGACAUUCGAGCGCCAUCACUUAUAAACCUUUUUCGUGACAACGGACUCAACAAGCUUCCUAUCGAACUCACAUUGCUCAAGAAGUGCAUCAAGCCCCCCUCGAAACCAAGAUUCCAUAACUUUCACGAGCGAUUCUAUAAAACACAAUUCGACUGGUGCCCAAUACGUUUCGACAUGGGCAUGCGUCAAGUCUAUCGCGAUGCAGUCAGUCCACUUUCGCGCAAGGAGAAGAUCACGCCGUAUCGCGAGGGCAAGGGUCCGAAAGAGAACAACGCCACUCUAUACGCCAUCGACGUUCCAGAAGAGCUUGUUGGGCGUCAUCUUCAGGAGAGAAUGGCAUCAGCCAAGAUAGAAAGACAAGGAGAGGGGAGAAAUGGCAAGGGUCUGGCAAGUCUUCUCCAAAGCAACUCCUAG